AUGUUUGUGAAGUUUUUGCUUUUUCUUGUUAUUUUCUACGUAGCAAUCAAAGUUCUUCGUAUUGUAGCAGUCCGAAAUGCCGAGAAAAUACUCAAGAAUCUCUUCAAAGAGGAAUUCCAUUUAAUGCCGGGAAGUUCAUUAUUUUCUAUCCAAUCUCUUGUUGGCAAAGGCGAAUAUUUGGACAUUACACUUAAAAAUAUGGAGUUCCACUUCAACAUUUCUUCACUUUUCGGUCUCUCAAACACUCCAAUUAUCGAUCUUCGCUUUGAUUAUUUGUAUAUCAACAUACACAAGAUCGUUAUUACAAAAGAAUCCGAACACAAGCCUGUAACUUUCGAAGCAUGGGCUAUGAUAAAUCUAUUAUUGAUGCUCAUUUUAAACAUUUUCAGAAAAUUCCAAGUCAAUUUCAACAAUUUCAUCAUUUCUUACAUGGGAUAUAGUUUCUCCUUCCAAGAAUUCCUUAUUUUGUUCAAGAAACAUCACAAAAGUAUCGAAUUUUCAAUUAACAUCCUUAAUAUCAUUCUCAGACAGAAAGAAAUUUUACUCAGAGUUCCAUUACUCAAAUUCGAUGUCUAUCUUACAUCAUUUACCCUCAAGAGUCUUGUUUCUUCAUUAUUGAACGAUUUGAAGGUGAAAAUACCAACACUCGAGCUUGAACUUAACUCAGGCAUGCUUGAUCUCAAAGUUUCCCAGAUAACUGCCACGUCACUUUCGAAUAAUUACGCAGAUUUUACAAUUGCAUUAGCUCCAAUCAAGUCAAUAGCACCAGCAACGUCAUCUAUGAUCAAAAACCUACACGCCACUGUCAAUUCCGUUGAAAUUACCCCAGAAAAUGUCAAAGUUGGUGGAAUUUCUGUUCAUGAGAACGCAGAAGAGAUCAUUAGCAUACCAUCGAUCGAGCUAAACGACAAAGACUUGAUCAUUCCAACGAUCAAAGCCGAUCUCAGUACUCCUCUUAUCAUAGAUCUCGUAAGUUUUGUUCCAUUACUUCCGAAAAAGCCAUUAGACCCCUGGAACCCCGACGAAAUAAAGAUUCCGAUCAAUGUAAGGCUCAUGGAUGCAUCGGUAAGGUUCAAUUUAAGCGACGAACACGUUUUUGAUUUCGAAGUCACAAAAGUGUUCACUUCACGUAUUACUAAUUCUGUGAUAAUUAGCAAGGCCGAUAUGUUCCCAGUAGUAAACAACAAACGAAUUCAUAUGGUUUCGGCUUCAAAAGUGAAAAUUUUAUUAUUCAACGAGAAUCAUUUCAAGAUCGGCUGCAAAUCAGCAACAGUCAACCUCUACUGCGAUUUCAACUUCUUGAACUACAUCAAAUCCGCAGCUUUGGUCUUGAAAUACGUUGUAAAUACAUUAAAGGGUCCAAACCACAAAGUAAACCCAGAGGAACCUCCUACACCAUUCGAUAUCCAGGCAAAGGUCAAGUACGUGGUCUUUAAUAUGAUGAAAAGACCACUAAUUGACACAAUCGAGAGAUCCAACGAGUCAAAGAGGGUCGCAAUGGAAGGAUUGUUACUCAGACAGCACAAGGCAACACAGAUCAUCAGAGCUUCUGGCGUAAAUCACAUUAAUCUGGAGAAUUUCGAGACAAAGUCCAAAGAAUUACUUUGGAAAUUGUUCAGACAAACAGUAGAUAUCGCCGAAUCCGAAGACCGUUAUCUUUGGGCUGAAAUUUCCAAUGUUAAUUUCCAUUUCGACGGAUUGAAGUUUAAGAACGUCGAAUCAACCUUCAGAGCCUUAGAAAAUAUUUAUCCGACCGCGAACUUCUCCGAAAUCGGCAUAAUGGACGGCGGAUACAUGUCUGCAACUGUUGAAACAAUUGACGCUUAUAUUUCUAGGUUUGGAAAGAUCGCUCAUAUCAAGAACUUUACUGGUAAUGGUUUCCUUAUCAUUGCUCCUCCAAAUUACAACAAAACCCAUCAACUUGUAAAUUAUGUUAUAACAUUUGCGAACAAAUCGAUCCAAAUCGAAAUACCAGAUUGCGCUGAUGCACCAGCGAUCGCAAUGAAAGGCACAGCCCAUAUAAAUACGGUUGAAUCUUAUAUCUCAUCUCCAAUGCUGGAAUUUAUCAACGAUAUCGACUUCGCCAUCUCAGAUGCCUUCUACAAGAUUCCUAAACAUAAAGAUAUUUUAGGUUUCGAUGCUUUAAGGCUCAUUUUCCAUUGUAUGGGCGCAAUUUCAAUAGAUCAUAUUGUAUUGCAAGCCCAUGAUUUUGCUCAUCCUUAUUUCAAGACUCCGAACCUCGAAGUUACGAUUCCUGGCGUUAAUUUCGGUUAUAAUGGAGAUGCGUUCAAUAUCGAGAUGGGAUCGAUAGUCGUUGAUUAUCUUGGCGAAGGCUUCCCACAAAGGUUCUUAAAACUCCCUCCUUCCAAGAUAUUAAUGCGUUUCGCAUCUGUCAAUGCAAAAGGCACGAAGAAUACGACCGCUCCCUUAUUCUUCAACAUUGACACGACCAGAUUAUUGGAUUACAAGUACGAUCCAUUCGAAAAAUACAGAACAUCUUCAUUUAGUUUUGAAUUUGACGUCGAUUUCACAAUUACAAACGAAAUGGGCACUUUCAACUUCGACUACGUCCAGCCUCUCAUUGAUUCGUACGCUAAAAACCUCAAUCUCUUCCCAAUCGCCGUCAAAUUUACCGAAAAACCGAAUUACUACAUGCAGUUCUCCAAAGCGGCUGCAAACGUCAAAUUCCCUCAGUUCUCUAUCACAAUGCUGAAAAGAGAUAUUUCUAUCGUUCUGUUACCUUUUCAAACCGAACUUGGUGUCACUUUAGAAAAAGUGCCAAAAUUUGACAUUUUUUUACCUAAGAUUGAUGCGAUUUUCACACAAUUUGGACUGAAUGCCGGUGUUCUUACUGUGCAAGGCGUUUUGAUGCGACUUGAAGACAAAGAAAUGAACUUAACAGUUGACCAAAUAACGUGUGACAUUCGACCAACAGUUUUGACAAGUUUACUUCAACUGAAACUUGAUGUUCCCAAGGCGAAAGAAGAGAAUCCUAUCAAAGUACCUAAGAAGAUUGAUUUGUCCAAUGUCGAUGAGUUCUCAAGAGUUUCAAACAAGACACAAUUCAACAUAAAGAAAGUCAUUUUGCAUCUUUUGUUGGAAGAAAGUCAUUUCCCUCCUACAGCGGAAUUCACGAAUUUCUCAUUCGGAAUUUUGGUGAACAACAACAAUGAAGGUGUCAUGCUUCUUGAAUUCGAACAGUUCCUUAUCUGUACAUCACCUUUCAUGGACCAUCCUUUGAUGCAAUCGAACAACCUCAGACUGUUCUUCGCCGUCGAUGAACAAAAUGUCAGUUUGUUCCUCCAAAUGAAUGGUUCAGCAGAAUGUUCGUUGUGUCCUCAAGAUUUCCAUGUCAUUAUGCCGCAGGUGAAGAUGCUUUUGCCUACAGCUAUGGCGUUAUCAAGGGGAUCAGCAAACAACAAACAAAAAGACAAACAGCAAUUGCCAAUUGCUUUGUCUUUGGUUUUGUCAAUCGAACACUCAAUUAUUUUCAAUAUGAUGAAAAGUGACAAUUCUACAUUAUGUAUGAUGAUUGCUACUGGAUUAGACUUUACGCAUAUCAAAGGACAGGAUGGUAGUGAAGACACGAAAUUUAAGCUCACGAACUUGCAAGUGACAGAUGAAACAACUAAAGAUGGAUUCCAUGAAGUGUUUAAUUCCAUUCCGAGUGACAAAGAACAAUUUAAGAUGACAAUUUUGAAGAGAAAAGAUACAAUGAAAUGCCCUGUUUACAACGCUAUUUCGUUCCAAAUGCAGCCAUUCGUGUUGAGAAUAUCAUUGAGGUUCAUCGAUGAUCUAAUCAAGUUGUAUCCAUCAAUGUCUGAUUUCAACAUCUUCGAUUUCGAUCAGCAAGAAUUUUCUGAGGCAGAAAAGGAAAGAGAAAAAGGUGACAAAGGGAAGUCCCUCAUUUUAACCGCUCCUGUUGAUGAAAAUUCCGAUCAGAUUUUGGGUUUCUACAGGAAGAUUGUCAUCGAACCGUUCGGAGCUUCAAUGAGCUACCAGGGAUACCCAGAAUCUUUCAUUCACGAGCUCCACGACUGGCAAGUUAAUAUUUCUAAGAUUGAAUUGCAAGAUUUGUUCGGAACCAAGGAACAACUAAGAAAGAUCGUGUUGAGAGAACUUAAGUGGGUCUUAAUCAAGACUUUGACAAAGAUGGCUUUAAGAAUGAAAUAA